CUCUUCUGAAAAUUGAAUUUGGUGUAUCAAUUCUUACAUUAUCUUGAAGAUUCAUCUCUGAAUUUCUCAAAUUUAUGGGGGUUUUUUGUUUGUCGGAAUUGCCGGAGAAAUUGGAAAAAACGAGAUCUUUGAGUAAAGGGUUUGUUUAAUCUUUAGUCUUUAUUGCUUUCCUUAAGCUAAUUUUGGCAGAUCUGGAACAUAAACCCUAGAACAAGACCAAAUCAGUGUCUCCUUACUCUUAGGGAUUUUAGUCUCUGUGAUACCUUAAAUGUGUUUAUAAAUUGACUGUGCUUAAUGGGUCACAUUUGAUUUGCAAUAAAAGUUUCACAAUUCUUCCAUUUUCAGUAAUGUAAGCUCCAGUUUUCAAGAUUUACUAUUUUGGGGAACUAGUUAGGUUUGUAGGUUUAUUAGAUCUUAGAAACACUAAUGUAAUGCUGUUUGUUUGGUACUCUUUAAUAUUCACUAUUCAUCUUAAUGUGGAAUCAAAUUUGCUUUUUUUGGUCAGACUCAAUUAGUUGGAAUGAGUUGUUGAACCAUUGACUUGUCUCCUAAGCUCUUACUUAAUCUAUCUGUAUCAUCUUCUCCUGUCUAUUUCUCUUUAUUUAAUACAUAACUCGUUCAUGAUUGCAUCUGACAUGGUAGCAACUCUUUGUGAACAAGACUUGAUUUUAUAACACUGUAACAUGACCACACUUUUUCCUUUUGAUCUCUGUAUAUUUGGGGAAGAUAACCUCUACUGAGGCAUCCAAAUGUUGAACGGAAAAGAAGAGCCUAAGCAGAAGAAAGGUUGGUCAGAGUCGCUGCUAGAAUUUCGGUCAGGGUUUGGGGAAAAGAUGAAAGUUGUGUCGAAGAAACGUUGGAAAUCUCUUGGUCCUCUUCAUCUGAAAAGCAAAUCAGUUGCACGGUUUUGCUUCUUUUCGAAGUUGAAGUCAAACAACCAUGGUCCAGGCCGUGCACCAGUGUAUCUCAAUGUUUAUGACUUGACUCCUAUUAACGGAUAUAUCUAUUGGGCAGGCCUUGGUAUAUUUCACUCUGGUGUAGAAGUUCAUGGAGUAGAGUAUGCUUUUGGUGCCCAUGAUUAUGCAACGAGUGGUGUUUUUGAGGUUGAACCAAGGCAAUGCCCGGGCUUCAAGUUCAAGAAAUCGAUAUUCAUUGGAACCACGAAUUUAAACCCAACACAAGUGAGAGAGUUUAUGGAAGACAUGGCUUGCAGUUACUACGGGAAUAUGUAUCACUUGAUUGUUAAGAACUGCAACCAUUUCUGCCAGGACGUUUGCUACAAGCUUACCGGGAAAAAGAUCCCAAAAUGGGUGAAUCGGCUUGCACAAAUAGGUUCUGUGUGCAGCUGCAUACUUCCCGAGUCCCUCAAGAUAACAGCGGUCUGCCACGAUCCAGACGGGCAAAUCCCGGAGGAAGAAAACGAAAAGAGAAGUCUUAGAAGCUCAUUCAGCUGUUUAUCAUCCAUCUCCAUGAGACAAAAACAGCUUUCAACAUCAUCAUUGUUCCUACAAUCACCUCUCAGAGGCUGCUUACCUCCUUGGCAACUCAAACGCUCAAAAUCUAACAGCAGCUCCUUGAAAGAAAGGUAG